UCGAGCUGUGUCCUCUUAUUGUGCAAUUUGAUCUCACCUCAUGUCGGAGUGCGAAGUGGCCGGCACCGGUUCCACGCGUUGAAUAUAUCGGCGUCGCGGAACUAAGGGAAGGCGGUGGAGAGAGUUUCGGGCGCAUCUUGCCAUUGCCAUUUCUAAGUAAACACGCGCGCGCUGCACGCUUACGUGCAUAUCGUGUCCGAUCGUUCUUCUCGGGAGUUGCACGAUCGACAUGGAGGACAAGCUGCUGCAGUUGCUCCAAGACGUUGGGUACACGGGGCCGAUGCUGGACGCCAACAAGCUGUCGGACGCCUUGAAAUGCGGCGCAAAAUCGCCGGACUUUACUUGCCUUGUCAACUGGCUCGCCGAGCAACUGGCGACAUUCAUAGACACGGACGAGACUGUUCACGCCACAAUAAGCGCGAACGAUGCUAGUUCCUUUCUCUUAGAGUUAAGCUUCUUCCUUAAGGAAAUAGGAUGCGUGAAUGAGAAACUGAUGACUGGGCACAUGAAUCAAAGACUGGCUAAUGAAUCUGAAAGAGCUAUCCUAAUAGAAUUUUUAGUCACCGAGCUUAUGGCUUGCAAAUUGCUGGAGGCGAAGUGUCCUAAGGAGGAGAAGCAAAUAGAAGUGACCAUUGAUGAAAGUGAGACUGCGAGAAGCUUGAAGGAGAUGCUGGUCACGCUGCAGUUUCAAAAGCCACCGGACAAUAUUCCGCCCGAAUUAUUGUUUUCAAGACUGGAAACCAAGUUGUCAGAAGUUCUAAAGACUGUACCGCCUCAUCAUCUAAAUAAGCCGCUUAUAGACGUCGAGCUCUCUGCUAAGCAGUGGGAGCAGCUAGGUAAACUGCAGGAAGAGAUGCACAAGGAAUACGCGUGUCGCCGUGACAUGUUGCUCAAACGCCUCGACGUUACAGUUCAAUCGUUUUUGUGGUCGGACAAGGCGAAGUCGCAGGAGACUGAAGUAAAUUCUACAUACGAGGAGAGAAGAAAGACUCUGAUAAACGAGCCGAAAGUGACACUGGCAGAUUUAUUGGCCGCUAGGGACGAUCUGGCGGUGAUCGAGAAAAUGAGUAACGCGAGCGUUCGCAAGAAUACGCGAAGCAAAAUUAACAGUGUCAUCAUCGGUGCGGUGCCGGACAGAGGUGGUAGACCGUACGAGCAGGAGCCACCUCCGCCAGAGAUGCCGUCGUGGCAGAAGGAUAGAGUCCAAGGACCGUCGUCAGGAGGACGCGGUGGCGGUGGCGGUGGAGGAGGAGGCGAUAGAGGACGCGGGGGCGGCAGAGGCGGCAGAGGUGGAGGCGGUAGAGGCGGUGGUGGAGGUGGUGGCAGCGGUUAUCGAGAUCAUAAAGACGCCAGCAGCAAUUUUGGCCAGAACUUGGAUUAUCAGCAAUCUCAAUACUCUGGACAUGGACACAGAGAAUGUUAUCCGGAUCACAGAGACGCGGGAGGGUAUCAGAGAGGUGGCGGCGGCGGUGGUGGAGGUGGAGGUGGAGGUUACCGAGGAGAUUCCGGCGCGAACUACAGUCAGAACUACAAUCAGAAUUACACUCAGAGUUAUAGUCAAAAUUACAAUGAAGGUUACGGCCAGAAUUAUCAGCAGCCGCAAUAUUCCGGCCAGAGAGAUUCGUACGGGGACAAUCGUGGCGGCAACUACCACCAGGACAGGAGGGAAGGGGGUGGAAGGGGAGGCAGAGUUCAGGGCGGAUGGAAUAACUAUCAACGUGGCGGCAACAGAGGCAGAGGACAAUACUGAGGAUGCCGCUUUGCGUGCGUUCUUUAGUGACAGUAUAAAACUCUCACAAAGAGAGACCGGGGAAACGUUAUGAUAUUCAAAUAAUUUCAGCGACUAUAUUCGCUAUCACUUACGCUUAAACUGUACUCACACGUGACUUUGGUCUCAAAAUAUCUGAGCGCGGAAUAUUUAUAAUAAUUGUAUUGAAUUGUGACGUCUUUAGAUCACAGGCUAGCUAACAAUUCGAAAUUGUAGCGUUGCGUUAAGAUAGAAUUUACUAUUUAGCUCUUUCGUAAUGGUAGCCUUUCACCUUCUCGUCUAUGCGAUUUGAAUGUAUGUAUAUAAUUGUUUUCUAUACAAAUCGAAAGUAGUGAAGAUAAUUGUGUAAAUAAACGUUUGCCUCUCGAGGGUAAUAGAUCGAAAUUUAAUUUAUAACGCGAGAUGUUAUCAAGACUGUAAAUCAAGCCACUUAAAUUUUGUAUUAAAUCGCGCAUAUGUAUUAGAUAUUAAAUGAGCAUGAGAAACCGA